AUGCCGCGCUCACCACCACCGCCCUCGUCGUCAUCGUCAGUGACAAUCAGCACACUCCUCAACACUCUUCACACCCACCUCAAUGCACAGACUCAACAUCUCCCCACCCUCCACGCGCAACUUGGCCUCCCACUCACCGCCCUCGAAGACGAGCUGAACGCCCUCCAAAUAUCUCUUACUCGCACUGUGGAGGCGCAGAUCGAGGUCCGUAGACAAGAGGUACGCGACUGGGUAGCCAAAUGCGAGGACGUCGAGCGCGGAUGCGUUCGCUACGUACGUGCGCUCGGCACCGGCGUCAAGAUCAAGUCGGACGAAGGCGAGCAGGUCCUGCCACGGCGACAUGAGCGCGCCGUGGCACGUCUGGAGAAGCUUAGACAGACGUAUCACUCGAAAUUGGAACAGCUUACGGCACUCUCAAAUCGGUUGAACGGACUCGCUCAGAUUCUCGGUCCCAACUUUUUCCCUCCAGAGGCGGGCUCGCUGGCGUGUGCAGAUGAGACCGAGGGUGAUGAGCGGGAUGUGUCGCAGGAGCAGUUUUCAAGACUUGAGAAGGAACUUGUGAAGGGGAAGGCGGAAGUGACGAAGCGCGUGAAUCAACUUGCCGAGCUCUUUGUCCACCUUGACUGGCUCUACAGCGAACUCGGGAUGGACCCACCUCAUCCCAAUCAUCCCGACCCGCAUCGUCAUCCUUCAUCGUCCACCCUUGCCGUCCCCUCUUGUUCCCUCCCGCGCGCAUCUUUCUCAUCCACCAACUCCGACCCAUUCUUGUCGUCCAGCAUGGCCCGAUCGCCCACCUCCGCCUAUACCAAGAACGAACACGCACCAAUGCUCGUCCCAUCAUCCCCCGCCUCGCGCGCAUCCUCGACAACACCACCUGACUCCGCCCCCGAGCACGCGCAUCCACACGAAAGCGAAUAUUUAGCUCUCCUCGGCAAGUUUAUCACUUUGCUCGACUCGUCAGCGACGGGCGAGGGCGGCGAGGAGCAGCAGCCCAAUCCGACGGCGCUGCUCCACAGCAUGCGUGUGCAGCCAAUACCCGCGCUUGUUGAGUGGGCAGCGAAUCUGUGCGAUAGGCUCAGCGGUCUUAAGAAGGGGCGCGAGGCGCAGAUACAGGCGAUGUACGAUCAGCUUGAGGGGCUGUGGCGGCGCAUGGGUGUGCCAGAGGAGGCGAUGGAUGGGUUCGUCGAGGCGAACUGCGGCACAACGGAGGCAUCAAUAGCAGCAUACGAAGAGGAACUUGAACGAAUGGUCGAACUUAAACGCGAACGCAUGGGCGAAUUUGUCGACAAUGCACGAAAGGAGAUCCAGAAGCUUUGGGACGAACUUAUGAUCGGCGAGCAGGAGCGUGAGGCCUGUGUGCUCUUCUGGGACGAUGAACCAACAACGGAGCUUCUCACGCAGCAUGAACAGCUCAUCGGCUCGCUCAAGGCUGAGCUAAAGCUUAAGCUACCGCUACUCACGAGCGUGCGCAAGUAUUUCGACAUAUGUGAAGAGGAGAAGGAGUUGGCGCGCGUUGCAUCGGAUCAAACGCGCUUGCUUGCGCGUGGGCCGUCAGGCAAGGAGAAGCGCGACCCGGGACGGUUGCUCAGAGAGGAAAAGAUGCGAAAGCGUGUGCAGAAGGAGAAGCCCAAGGUUCGCCAUUUUUUCGCGUCCAUGUUGAGGGGAACCAGCCUGACGCAAAUCAUUAACUACACACAGCUGGAGCAACACCUCGUCUCGGCCCUCCCCGCGUGGGAAGCCCAGCACGAGCGGCACUUCCUAGUGCACGGCGAGCGGCUGCUCGACUUGCUCCAGGAACAGGUUGCCGUGUCUGAGCAAGAAAAGGAGAACAAGAAACGCAGCUCGCAGAGCGCAUACGCAUACCGUGAUACGACCGUCCCGCUCAAGAACGGCAGCGGCGAUCCUCCAGUAAACUCUGCAGUUCCACUGACCACCACUAGGAAAUCGAGCACGAGGGGCAAGGGGAGCUACGUCCCCGAUAAGUCGACCUCAACGUCGUCGUCAAGGUCGUCUGCGGCAUCAGCUAGACCCGAAUCGUCGAUGUCGGCGUAUACGACACCUCGGCCGCCGUCGAGCGCCGGUGGGAGGGUCACGCCCGCUGUGCGUUCGGCGUCGGCGAUGUCUACAGGUGGAGGAGGUAGUAACAAGCGGCAAAAGAUGAGCGAUGGGUCGAGUUUACCCCGCCCUGGGACGGCGAUGGGCACAGGAACCAUCACAAGAUCAAGGACGAGGUCGGGGUCGUCCGCCACUUCGACGGGGACAGCUUCAGCUUCGAGGUCACAGCAGAAGGGGAUGGGAUGGGGCCGCGGACCCGGGGCGUCCACGGUGCUGCGACCACAGCCGGUGACAUCGACGUCGAAGACGGGUGUGCGGUCUGCGUCGGCGCGUACACCGGGAGCGAGCGCAGGCGGACGGGGUAUGUUCAACAAGGGCGCUGGCGCUCCCGCCUUUUCGAGGGCACCGGGAACAGCAGCGGGUGCUGGCGAGGCGCGGCGAAAUCGCAUGAAGCGCGAGAGCUUCCGCCCAAGGGCGAGUAUCGGCGAGUCGGGCGUUAAUCUUGUGGACGCGUGGCGCGGGACGGCUGGCUUUGCGGGGGCUGGCGCCGAGGAGGGAGACAGCGACUGA